GGCUUGCCGCGCUCUGAACUAUUUGAGCAGGCUCCUGCUACCUGCAUAGCCAGCCCCGAGAGGCCAAGCUCUGUGCUCAAGAGUCACGCACUUUUCCUGUGCUGUGGGACGCUCCAGGAUUUCGAGCUGACUGCCUCCGCACUGUUUCGCCUCGGAGCUCGUUCACGCGGCGUCACAAGAAGUCUCGAAAGAAGCCACGGCAGCCAAGGGCCAUAGGUGCUACAAACUAGCUAUAGGAGAAAGCCAAAAAUGGAGGCGGCCCGCCGCGUCGUCGAACGAGUCCUACGAGCCACCUACCCCUUCGCCACGUAUCUGCCCCAGUACUACCUGCUCCAAAAAACGAGCAAGGAAGGCUUCGCGCCGGCGACGUGUCUGGCAGCUCUACUCGCGCGGACGCUGAGCAUAGCUGCCUGGGCGAACGGCGCCCAGCCCAGGGACGCGUCCGCGCCGGCCGGCGGCGCGCUCGGUAUUUUGGUGCAGCUGCUGCUCUUGGACGCCGUCGUGCAGGCGAAGCGCAAGAAGGCCGGCCGGCUCGCGCAGAAGAAGCGCUACGGCGCGACGACGCGGCAAUUGGGACGGGAGGUCCGUGCGGUCAUACGCGCGGCGUGCCGCGACCGCGACCGGGAGCUCGCGACGGAGCGGUUCCGGAAACUAUGGAAGGCGUUCUGGGCCUGGGACGAGCUCGGGCCCUACGUCGAGGUCGUCGUCGUCUUCGCGCUUUACUUAAUUGCGGCGUCGUGUUUGCUGCGGUUCCGGUGGUGGCGAACUUUAUUAGUGACGGCCGCGGCGGCGGCGGACGCCGCCGCGCCAGUUCCACAAAUCGUGCGUAUAAUACGACGGCGCGACGCGGCGGGGGUCUCCGCUUUCACCAUAUUGCUGCGGCUCGCGGGCGGCGUGGUCGGUGCGCGGCUCGGCGCGCGGCCGCGGUUCAGUGUGCUACAGGCGGGCCUCGACGCGUGCCUGUGCGUGCAGCUCGCGUGGUACUCGCCGCCGUUGACGCGCGUCCGCGGCGUGAUAAGCGCGGCGCUCGAGCCGCUCGCCGCGCUCGCGCGGCGCGGCGCUCAGCGGCUCCGCGCGUACCGGCGGCGGUCGUACGCCCGCGUGCCGACGGGCGAGGCGCCGCCGGCGGCGCCUUCACAACGGCUCGAGGAGGGCUCCGCGUCGCCGCGGCGCGAGAGCCCGGCCAAGGAGGCGGCGGCCGCCGGAGCGGGUGAGUAG